AUGGCUCCGCGCCGAACGCAUACCAAGUCACGAAAUGGAUGCGAUCAGUGUAAGCGGCGGCGUGUCAAGUGUGACGAAUCGGGCCCUCCUUGCACCAACUGCAUAUCCCGCGAACUGGAUUGUACCUACUCGAAACUGCCAACGCGAGACACGACCAGCCAGAAUGGCUUGACUUCUCGACGCGGAUCGGCUAUGCCGAGAGAUCGAGAUCACCCCGCAACUCCGCGAUCCCUGGGCCCUGUGAGUCCAGCCUCAACUUCGUCCGCCAGCUCAGGUAUACGCGACCUGGAGUUGAUGCACCGUUUUGCCACGGAGACGUUCCGAAGUGUCACCACAACCGCAGUCUCAUUGUCGGUGUGGCAGAAAGAAGUCCCACAUCUUGCCUUGAAGCAUGACUUCCUGAUGAACGGGAUUUUGGCGCUGGCCGCACUGGACAUUGCCAAUACCUUAGAACCUCCCGCAUCACUGGCAUAUGUCGAUACUGCCCUGCAGUAUCAUAACCUCAGCUUUGCGCCAUUCCGGGCAGCCAUUGAUGAUCUCACGCCACUCAAUUGUGAGGCCGUCCUGGCCCAGUCUAUGAUCACCACUGUCAUUGGUAUCUUUCUCCCACGGGCCAUGGCCCCUCGAGACGAGCCAUCGAACAUGACGGAGAAUAUCAUCACCCUCUUCGAACUUCUCCAAGGAAUCAAGAACAUCAUUCAAGCCGGCCAGUCGUGGAUCAAAUUAAACCUAUAUACGAGCCAAAUAUUCUUCCAACGGAACAGCCUUACUGAGUUGGAGUCUCCAAUUCGAAAAGCCCUUGAUCGGCUUGGAACGCUCAACGAGGAAACCCUUGCAAUCAUUGAUCCCGAGGAAUACAGAAUCAACAAAGAUAUCAUCGCCAACCUUCGGUAUUGUUACACUCUGUUUACGAACUCGGGCGAUCCUUCGAAUGUCAUUGCAUGGCUGGCCGGGGUGGAUAAAGAAUUUGUGAAUAAUGUUCGACGUCGUCAGCCAUUGGCUCUGUUAAUACUUAUGCACUGGGGGGUUCUCCUCGGAGAGUUGGAGAAAGCAUGGUGGUGGGCACGCGAUUCGGGUCGUGCAUUGGUCUCGGAGUUGUUGCAAGUCCUUCAACCCAUCCAUCCUCGUUGGGAGGAUUCACUUUCCUGGCCUCGUUAUAAAAUGACACUUUAA